CUGCGGGAGGAAGUGUCGCGGCUCCAGGAGGAAGUCCACCUUCUCCGCCAGAUGAAGGAGAUGCUGACCAAGGACCUGGAGGAGUCCCAGGGCGGCAAGUCCUCCGAGGUCCUCUCGGCCACCGAGCUGAGGGUCCAGCUGGCCCAGAAGGAGCAGGAGCUAGCCAGAGCCAAAGAAGCCUUGCAGGCCAUGAAAGCCGACCGGAAGCGCCUGAAGGGCGAGAAGACCGACCUGGUGAGCCAGAUGCAGCAGCUGUACGCCACGCUGGAGAGCCGCGAGGAGCAGCUGCGGGACUUCAUCCGCAACUACGAGCAGCACCGCAAGGAGAGCGAGGAUGCCGUCAAGGCCCUGGCGAAGGAGAAGGACCUGCUGGAGCGCGAGAAGUGGGAGCUUCGGCGCCAGGCCAAGGAGGCCACGGACCACGCCACGGCGCUGCGCUCGCAGCUGGACCUCAAGGACAACCGCAUGAAGGAGCUGGAGGCCGAGCUGGCCAUGGCCAAGCAGUCCCUAGCUACGCUGACCAAGGACGUCCCCAAGCGGCACUCACUCGCCAUGCCGGGCGAGACGGUGCUCAACGGCAACCAGGAGUGGGUGGUCCAGGCCGACCUGCCGCUGACCGCGGCCAUCCGCCAGAGCCAGCAGACGCUCUACCACUCGCACCCCCCGCACCCCGCCGACCGGCAAGCGGUCAGGGUGAGCCCCUGCCACUCCCGGCAGCCCUCUGUCAUCUCCGAUGCGUCUGCUGCGGAAGGUGACCGGUCGUCCACGCCAAGCGACAUCAACUCCCCUCGCCACCGGACGCACUCCCUCUGCAACGGCGACAGUCCCGGCCCAGUUCAGAAGAACCUGCACAACCCCAUUGUACAGUCACUAGAGGAUCUUGAAGACCAAAAGCGGAAAAAGAAGAAAGAGAAGAUGGGAUUCGGCUCCAUCUCGCGCGUCUUCGCCAGAGGGAAGCAGCGGAAGUCCCUCGACCCCGGCCUCUUUGAUGACCCCGACAGCCAGUGCAGCCCCACGCGGCAGAGCCUCGGCCCGUCGGAGGGCGAGGAGCAGGUGGACCGGCUGCAGCAGGUGGAGCUGGUCAGGACCACCCCCAUGUCCCACUGGAAGGCGGGCACCGUGCAGGCCUGGCUGGAGGUGGUCAUGGCCAUGCCCAUGUACGUCAAGGCCUGUGCAGAGAACGUGAAGAGCGGGAAGGUGCUGCUGAGUCUGAGCGACGAGGACCUGGAGCUGGGCCUGGGCGUGUGCAGCUCCCUGCACCGGCGCAAGCUGCGGCUGGCCAUCGAGGACUACCGCGACGCCGAGGCGGGCAGGAGCCUGUCCAAAGCCGCCGACCUGGACCAUCAUUGGGUGGCCAAGGCCUGGCUGAAUGACAUCGGCCUGUCCCAGUAUUCCCAGGCCUUCCAAAACCACCUGGUCGAUGGGCGGAUGCUGAACUCCCUGAUGAAGCGGGACCUGGAGAAACACCUGAAUGUGUCCAAGAAGUUCCACCAGGUCAGCAUCCUGCUGGGGAUCGAGCUUCUGUACCAAGUGAACUUCAGCAGGGAGGCCCUCCAGGAGCGCCGGGCCCGCUGCGAGACACAGAACACAGACCCUGUGGUCUGGACCAACCAGCGGGUGCUCAAGUGGGUGCGAGACAUUGACCUGAAGGAGUACGCCGACAACCUGACCAACAGCGGGGUCCACGGCGCCGUGCUGGUGCUGGAACCCACGUUCAACGCCGAGGCCAUGGCCGCCGCCCUGGGCAUCCCCAGCGGGAAGCACAUCCUUCGGAGGCACCUGGCGGAGGAGAUGAGCGCCGUGUUCCACCCGGCGGGCUCCACGGGCAUCCGGGAGGCUGAGCGGCUGGGGACGCCCCCCGGGAGGGCCCCCAGCGUCACCCGGGCUGGGAAGGAGGAAAACAGCAGCGGCGUCAAGUACAAGGCCGGCCGGCUGCCCCUGGGGAAGAUAGGAAGGAGCUUCGGCAGCAGGGACCCCGAUUCCCACGACGACUACGGCUCCCUUCGGAACGAAGACUGCGGGGACGACGACCUCCAGGGCAGGCCCGAGCAGUGCCGCCUGGAAGGCUACGGCGGCCUGGAGGUCACCAACGUGUGAGGGAUUGAAGCUCCCCAGACCCAGCACAGGGCCUCACCUGGAAGACGACCAGCCAGCUGGCAUCACUGCCACUGUGCAUCGUGACCGCGGGCUGAGGAUGCGCCGUGGGUCCCGGGAAACUCCCGUGGCCUUCCUGCUCAGGGGCAGGGGGCCGGCCCCGAGGACCUGUCUGUCACCGUGCCCAGCCCCUCCAUAAUCCAGGCUCCACCUCAGCAUAACUGUCAGCCGUUGUCCUGGGGCCUUGAACUGGCUGCCAAGGUGGAAAGAGGCCCGUGAUGCCACAUCCAGGAGGAGCAGGUGGGACCCCAGGCCGACACGCAGAGCCCAGCCGUGACCGCGGUCGGCCCAUGACUGAGAACUCGGGUUCCCCUUUGGGUCGCCGCGUCUCCCCCAGGAGAGAGAAAAUGGGGGGUUUUCCCCCUUCCCCGGGAGCCCCGUGUCACGCGGGGUGGACACGUCCGAGAGCUAUUGGCUCGUUCUCGCAGGAGCAGCUCCACGGGGCGGGAGCAGGUGAAUGAGUGAGCCAUGCAGGGUGGGCUCAGCGGCGACCGCCCCAGGACACGCAGACACCCUGGCGUCGGGGCGAAGGGCCCGGUGACAGCAGGAUCAGAGAUGAUGGAGCCGGGUCCGUGACAACUGCACCAAAUGUGGCCGCGGGCCUGAGACCGGGGCAGAGAAAUGCUUAUCGUUAACGCAGCAAACCUUCACCGUGAUGUCUCUAGCGCCUGACGCGGGGGUGGCUCAUCCCGUGUCCUGGGAUGACUGUCACAGAGCCGAGCCGUCGAGGUGGCGGGGAGAGCCGCGGCCCGCUGCCCACCGCUGCCGCUGUUUGCUGUGUGGCUCCUCCCCGGUGGCCUCACCUCUCUGUGCCUGGGCACCUUCGUCCGCAAUACUCCUGGCCCCCUCCCAGGGAUGCUGUGAGGAUUAACACUUGCUAAUGCCUGUAACACACUUUGUAACCGCUCAGGGGACAGGUGGGACGUCCUGGGAGAGCCUGUCAACUUCCAGUUACAACACGGAGCCACGGGCCUGCUCCGCCCUCGCUCUGUGCGUUUGAAACAAUGUAUAAAAGGAUCAGAGAUGAAUGUUUCUGAAUGUUUCCAUUCUCGGAGCCCUGGCAGGGCCUGACCAAGCGGAGAGCGCCCGGUGCGCACCCUGGGGAACCAGGCCGACUCCAGCCACCGGGGCCACGGGGCUCGCGGGCCGGGGCCGCGGGCUGAGCAAUGACGCGGGGAAGACAGCAGGCGGCGCUCCGCUCCUACGGGAGCCACCUGCACCCAGAGCCCAGGAGAGAGGCUUGAAUUUCCCAUACUGG